AUGGCCAUUGGCGGCAUCUCUAAAGCACUCCGACAGAGUCUAAAGCCCACAAACCCAGCCCUGAUGGCGGCCAACGGGCCGCAUUAUAGCCUCGCCCUCUCGUAUUACGGACGAGCUAUUCGCGAAGUCCGAGAGGCGGAGUUGAAAACGAGUAGCCUUCGAGGCGCCAUAGUGUGCUGUCUGCUCUUCGCAUGCUUCGAGGUGUUGCACGGCGAUCGAAAGGCCGCCUUUGCCCACAUCAACAACGGCCAGCGGAUGAUGGAUGAGCUCUUGCGCAGGUGCCAGCUAGACGGCUGCGACCGGACCCAGAAUAUACUUGGGGCCGAGUCUGUCGAGACCGAUAUCCUGCACGUAUUCCAGCGGCUCAUCCAACAGUCUUGGUCCUGCGGUGUCCUCAGGCGACGCGAUCAACUAAUGUUGGACAAGCCUGACAGACCAUGUAGCGAUCCCCGACCUUGGUGUUGCCGAGGAGGAUCUGGCAGAAAAUGUGCGAUCCAUAAAAUGCCAGCGACAUUUGCAACUCUACAGGAAGCUCGUCGGUGGUGGGACGUCACACAGCAUUUCGUGACGCACUCAUCGAACGUCGUCUUCCGGGUCACGCAUCUUGGCCUCGGCGAUGACUUCCUUUCCGAGUGCAAUGAACGCGUUCAAAGACAUAUGGAUUAUAUCGAGAAGGCCAGGGCUGGCAUCAAAUCAGCGACCUCCGAGCAGUGGCAGGAUUUCAAAGACGCCCUCGAGCGAUGGAACGGCGGCUUCGAGCCACUCUGGAUCGCCGCUCAUAACUCCAAAGAUAAGGACGAAAAGUCAUAUGCGCAGGCGGCGCACCUUCGGGCGCACUACCUGACGAUGUACGGCUGCGUUCAUUCGCCGUUGAGCUGCAGCUACAACAGUGUCGCCGAGCUGACACCCAAAUACCGCGAAGUAGUUGAGCUUUGCAGCCACCUCUUCAAGUACCAGAAGCGCUAUUUCGACAAUUCCGAGAUGUUCACAAUGGACAUGGGCCCGACUUGGCCGCUCUUCCUUGCGGGAACUCGAUGCCGAAACCCUGAGGUGCGGAACGAGGCCAUCCGGUUGCUACAUGAGAAUCCUAGACGAGAUGGUCUUUGGGAUAGCCGCAUCUUCUAUGCCUUGACUGUUCGUAAUCGUAUGCUCGAGAUAUCCAAUGCCCAAGAGGGCACGAUUGAAGAGCAGUGGUGGCGAUUGCAACAUCGAUCCGCGUAUGUGGACGAACAAGGCCGCUUGAUGGCGAGGGCUAUGGACAAGAACCCAUUGACGGGCGCUUGGGAAUUUGGCGAGGAUAAUCUACGUCGUUUUCUGUUUGAUUGA